CUGAAUCUUGUACAGUUUGAUUUAAUUUGCUUUCUAUUUUUUACCUUCUAGAUCCUAAGAUCAGGAUCUUUGACUUGGGUAGGAAGAAGGCCAAGGUAGAUGAGUUCCCCCUUUGCGGCCACAUGGUCUCUGAUGAGUACGAGCAGCUGUCUUCAGAAGCUCUGGAGGCUGCCCGUAUCUGUGCUAACAAGUACAUGGUCAAGACCUGCGGUAAGGACGGUUUCCACAUCCGUAUGCGCCUGCAUCCCUUCCACGUGAUCCGCAUCAACAAAAUGUUAUCAUGCGCUGGAGCUGAUAGGCUCCAGACUGGAAUGCGUGGUGCUUUUGGCAAACCCCAGGGUACCGUGGCCCGUGUGCACAUUGGUCAGGUGAUCAUGUCUGUGCGCACCAAGACCCAGAACAAGGAGCAUGUGAUCGAGGCUCUGCGUAGAGCCAAGUUCAAGUUCCCUGGACGCCAGAAGGUAAAGAGCACACUGUCGUUUAAAUGGUUAAUUAAGCUGUAGUAAGGAGUGGGAGUA